CUCACCGCUGGGAGGGAGGCGGCCGCCGCCGAGGCGGCGACGGCCUGAGUCGCUGCUGGGGCGGCCGCGUCUGUGGGUCGCGCAGCGCUGCUCCGCGGGGACGGCCUGAGUGGCCGCGGCUGGCGCCUGCUGGCGAGGGCUGGCUUCGCGGGCGGCCUCACAGCCCCCACCUAGGGCGGUGGGAGACGGCGGAGCCCAGGAUGCUGGGGAGGUGGCGCAGCGGCUCCUCGCUCGCUCCAGAUACUGAUCAUCUUUCUGAAGUACGUUCUCCAUGGCCUGAACAUUUUCUCCAAGUCGUUUUAAGCAAAAUAUCUGUCUAAUAAUCACUACAUCAAGAUGGUCGGGAAGCUGAAGCAGAACCUACUAUUGGCAUGUCUUGUGAUUAGUUCUGUGACUGUUUUUUACUUGGGCCAACAUGCCAUGGAAUGCCAUCACCGAAUAGAAGAACGUAGUCAGCCUCUGAAACUGGAGAACACAAAGACCACUGUGCGAACUAACGUAGGCAACAAAACCAACAAAACCUUUGCCUAUCAUAAAGAUAUGCCGUUAAUAUUUAUUGGAGGUGUGCCUCGGAGUGGCACCACGCUCAUGAGGGCCAUGCUGGAUGCACACCCUGAUGUGCGCUGUGGAGAAGAAACCAGAGUCAUCCCCCGAAUCCUGGCCCUGAAGCAAAUGUGGUCACGGUCCAGUAAAGAGAAAAUCCGCCUGGAUGAAGCAGGCGUCACCGAUGAAGUGCUGGACUCUGCCAUGCAAGCCUUUUUACUGGAGAUCAUAGUCAAGCACGGGGAGCCAGCUCCUUAUUUAUGUAAUAAAGAUCCUUUCGCCUUGAAAUCAUUGACCUACCUUGCUCGAUUGUUCCCCAAUGCCAAAUUUCUCCUGAUGGUUCGCGAUGGCCGGGCCUCUGUACAUUCAAUGAUAUCUCGAAAAGUUACCAUAGCUGGAUUCGACCUGAACAGCUAUAGGGACUGUUUGACCAAGUGGAAUCGUGCCAUAGAGACCAUGUAUAAUCAGUGCGUAGAGGUUGGUUAUAAAAAAUGCAUGCUGGUUCACUAUGAACAACUUGUCUUACAUCCUGAACGGUGGAUGAGAACACUCUUGAAGUUCCUCCAUAUUCCCUGGAACCACUCAGUGUUGCACCAUGAAGAGAUGAUUGGGAAAGCUGGAGGUGUAUCUCUGUCAAAAGUGGAGAGAUCCACUGACCAGGUCAUCAAGCCAGUCAACGUGGCCGCUCUGUCCAAGUGGGUUGGGAAGAUCCCUCCAGAUGUUUUACAGGACAUGGCGGUGAUUGCGCCUAUGCUUGCCAAGCUGGGCUACGACCCCUAUGCCAAUCCACCCAAUUAUGGAAAACCCGAUCCCAAAAUCCUGGAAAAUACGAGAAGGGUCUAUAAAGGAGAAUUUCAACUUCCUGACUUUCUGAAAGAAAAAUCUCAGACUCAGCAAGCGGAGUAGCAGAUCCCGGAGCCUCUUUCAGACGUGAGGGAAGGAUGCUGCCUUCUCCACAGAAGCACCGUUUCCAGGACUGGCUGUGCCCUGCUGAUCCACGCAGAGCGUGUGUGCUGCCUGCCCCCACUGCAUGGGGUGUCAGUGCACAUUUGUGGGCCUUAGUGCGUUUCUGAUCCUGAUGCCGUGCUCAGCCCUAUGGGUAAGGUGUCUGGAGGGCCUGUGUGCUUUCAGUUAAAAACAUCCUGGCCUUUGUCAGCUCUUACCGGCUACCAGAGUUUGUUUCCAAAUGGCAUUCCAUAAGCAAAACUGGGCAGCUUCAUCUUGCAUUCAGUUGUCUCUACGUGUUCUAACUGUGCUGGAGAACACUUAUACCUGCUUCAAUGUGUUGAUGUGAAUAAUAUUAAAUAUCAGAAUUAUUUAAAUCAUGGCAUUGUUUCUGAGAAGUUGAGAAAUUACCAUAUACAUUUACAACCCAAUGACUUUUGUAUUUUAUUUUUCAAAAUAAAAGCUCUAAUGUGAAGCA